AGACAACAAACCAGCUGUAGUUUUUCAAAUUAGAAAAUAAUAAUGUGAAAAUGUGUGAAGAUCUGUUAUUUCGAUUAUAAGGGCAAUUUAACAUGAAGCGGUUUUUAAUUAAGCAUACAGUUCGAAAAAUUAUCAAUAUAAUCUAAUGUGUUCGAAUAAUAGAGAAAACAAAUAUAAUUCGCCUUUGGGAAAUUUCUGUAAAAACAUGACUAAUUGGAGUCCCAUAUUUUGUGCUCUUAUUUAUAAAAUGAUAUUUUUUCGUGCAAGCCAUCGACAUUGUGCAACUAAACAGUUACACUUGAGCAGCAAAUCACAAGUAGAAAGUUUAAUAAAACUACGAAGGUUACUUUCUUAUCUCAAUCAAGAGCAGUUUUUCCUUAUGAAAAUGUUGUUUCAUCCAUGUAUGGUUCGAAAGCAUCACAGAUCAUCUCCGUAUUGGUGGGAAAAAGUAAAAGGAACCUCUUCUCACAAUCAGUGGUUAAAAUAUGUAAGAAUGGGAAAGGAUAAUUUUAUGAAGCUAGUCAAAAAUCUCUCGCCUUAUCUAGAAGCAGAAAGUACAAUGAACAUAACAAUAGAAAAACAGACUGCUAUUGCUCUUAUAUCUAUGGCUUCUGGUAAGAGUAAUGCAUACAUUGGACGAUUGUUUGGUAUUUCAAAAUCUAGUGUUGCAAUUGUUAUUGAAAAUGUUUGUGAUGCCAUAAAAUCUCUCAUGCCUCAGUAUUUAAAAGUACCUGAAAAAUCUGUUUUAGAAAGAAAUAUAAAUGACUUUGAAAAUAAAUGGGGAUUUCCUCAAUGCGCUGGUGUAAUUGGAACCAUACAUGUGCCUGUUAAUACAUUAAACUUACCAGAAAAUGCAAGUGAUUACAUAAAUAGUAAUAAAGAGCGUUCAGUACUGUUGCAAGGUGUUGUGGAUUCAAACUAUAAAUUUUGGGAUGUCAACAUUGGAUGGCCAGGAAGUGUUCAUGAAUCUAGAGUUUUCACUAAUUCUAUGCUUUGGCUGAAAGGUCAGGAUCAUAAUCUUUUCCCAGAUACACUUAAAGAACUAUAUGGUAUUAAGAUCCCUAUUUAUAUAUUGGCUGGAACACCAUACCCACAAUCACAUUGGGUUUUAGGGCCUUUCUUAAAUGAAGCUUCAAUAAAAGAAAAAAAUUUUAAUGAAAAGUUCACAUUUGCUUAUAAUACUAUAGAAAUUGCAUUUAAACGUUUAAAAGCAAGAUGGAUGUGUUUGGUCCAGGGUAAUAUUUGUAGCAUAGAAGUCUUGCCAUCUGUUAUUGCAGCAUGUUGCGUUCUGCAUAAUAUAUGUGAAAUGAAUAAUGAAAUUUUCUUAGACAGUUGGAUAGCAAAAUCUGAAAAUACUUUUAAACAACCAAUUCCACUAUCUUGCAAUAUAGUAAUAGGACCUCAAAUAGAAAAUAUUCGAAUGGCUUUAGCUGAUCAUUUUCUAAAUCUAGCUAGCUUAAGUAUCUUGUAAGCUAGCUAGCUUUUCUAGUAUCAGGCUAGCUUAAGUAUUUAGAAUGUUUAUAUAGGAAAAAAAGUUUUAAAAAAUAAAAUAGUAUGAUUUCAAAUAAUCUUCAGAUAUCCUAACUGUUAUCAACUUCUUUCAGACCCUGCAAUAAAUUAAUAAAUGCUGCGAGUUUUACUUAUUAUCCAAUAUGUUACUUAUUAUUUGUGAUCACUAUCCAUAUGACGCAUUAAUGGAUAAUGAUUAUUUUUUGGGCUGACUUUUUAGUCAUUUUACAAAUUAAAUUUUGCUUAAAAUUUGAAGAGUAUUUUUUUUAUAUAUAAUUUUUUUUUUUCAUUGCUUCAGAAAAAGAUUAAAGCGUGUUCAUUUUACAAAUUUUUAGGUCAAAUGUUAAUUCAUAAUAAUUCUAGUAAAAGUGUGGAUAACCAUAAUUUCUUAAGCUCAAAAAGCUUUUUUCUCAAAGUAUAUAAUUGAGGAAUUUCAUGGAUGGAAGAUUAAAAAUUCCGAUUCCACCAAAGAGCUACCAUAUUUGAUAACCUCGUACUUGUUGAAUCUCAUAGGUUAGAUAUCCUUAUAUUGAUAUGAUAUGAAAGUUUGUAGAGUCAUUUCUUUCAUGCAACUCCUGUUCAUAAUUCUGAGGUUUAUCCUUAAGACAAGUCGACUAGACAUAUGCUUAGGAAAACUAGUAUUGCUGCACACUAAACUCCUUUAUGCAUAGAUCUGAAACUGCUCCAAGAUUAUGAUUGCAAUAAUAGAAAUUUUACUUGAAAUCAACUCUUGGAGGAAACAGAGAAAUUUUGCAGCAUUUUCUGUAAAUGCAUGUGUGUCAUUAGGUUAGUCACCAUUUCAGUGCCUUAAAAAAGUCAUUAAAGAGGAAAGGCAUUUCCCAGUUCAAUAAUUUUAUUAAUCAUUCCUGAUGACAACUACUGAUCUAAAAGUAAUUUUUUUAAGCUCAAAACAAUAAUAAACUAUUUAAGGUCCAUAAUUGUACAAGAAAGAUUACUUAA